UUCACAACAGCCAUUUUUGUCAGAAAAUUGGUGGGGCUUAAGAUGAUGAAGCAUUUGGUUUUGACAUUGACAUGGAUGUUGUGGCUGAGCCUAUGUGGCAGAUGCAUAUCUCAGGUGCAGCCACGGCUUCCUCCGGGGCAACAGGUGCCAUGCUUCUUCAUAUUUGGUGACUCAUUGGUUGACAAUGGAAACAACAAUGGAAUUCUAACUCUUGCCAGGGCCAACUACAGGCCUUAUGGCAUUGACUUCCCUGGGGGUGCUACUGGUCGCUUCACCAAUGGCAGAACUUAUGUUGAUGCUUUAGCUCAGCUUCUGGGUUUCCCAAGAUAUAUUCCUCCACACUCAAGAGCAAGGGGAUUGGAUCUUCUAAGAGGAGCUAACUAUGCAUCUGGAGCUGCAGGCAUUAGAGACGAAACAGGCAGUAACCUUGGUGCUCAUACUUCAAUGAAUGACCAAGUCGCAAACUUUGGCGACACAGUGCAGCAGCUGAGAAGGUUCUUCAGAGGAGACAAUGACUCACUUAGUAGCUACCUGGGCAAAUGUCUAUUCUUUUCAGGGAUGGGAAGCAAUGAUUACCUGAAUAACUACUUCAUGCCAGACUUUUAUUCAACUAGCUCAGAUUUUACUGUUAAAGCUUUUGCAUCUGCCCUUCUUCAAGAUUACUCUCGUCAGCUAUCUCAAUUAUAUUCACUAGGAGCAAGAAAAGUGAUUGUUACAGCAGUUGGUCAAAUUGGCUGCAUACCAUAUCAGUUAGCCCGUUUUCAUGGUAACAGCACCAGAUGCAAUGAAAAAAUCAACAAUGCCAUCUUGCUAUUUAACUCCGGCCUUAAGAAAAUGGUUCAAAACUUCAAUGGAGGGCAGCUUCCAGGAGCAAAGUUUGUGUUCCUUGAUUUUUAUCUAAGCAGUUCAGACUUAUCUUCAAAUGGAGCAUCAUUUGGAUUUGAUGUGAUAGACAAGGGCUGCUGUGGAGUUGGCAAGAACAAUGGACAGAUUACUUGCCUUCCAAUGCAACAACCAUGUGAAAAUCGUCAGAAGUACUUGUUCUGGGAUGCUUUCCACCCCACUGAGGUGGCCAAUAUUUUACUAGCGAAGGCAUCAUACAGUUCACAAUCAUACACUUAUCCCAUUAAUAUUCAACAAUUGGCAACCCAGUAAAAAGUUUAGUUUAUGUUGGAUUUUGUCUGUUUGUGUGGUAUUUAUGCAGUGCAUGCACUCUGCUGUUUGAUCAGUGUUCAUGAUCUUGUGUUGUUGUUGCUUAAACCAUUUGAUUUCCUUUGUACACUUGUUAUUCCAUUAUGUAGGAAUAAUAUUACAUUAACAUAUAUGAAAAACCUUUGUGCAUUUCCUUCCUUCUCCA